AUGUCCAAGAAUGUCAUGCUUGACCUAGAAGGAUCAUUGGAGAGAGGAAAUAUGGCAAAUCCUCAUGCCACAUUGCAACUCAAAUUGAAGGCCUCAAUCAUCAUUAGCACCAUCUUCGCCGCCUCCGCAUGGGCCGGCACUCUCCCCACCGGCCUCACAAAACGUCAGAAUGCUGCCAACGAACAAGCUCUUCAGCAAGCCCGCGAAGACGCGGCCAAAGCAAUCGAAGGCGGCCAGGGCCGUGGAAGAGUUCUGAUCGAUGAAGGGAACUGCAGUGAGGCUUUCUUCGCCUGUGGUACGGCUGCUGUGGCUGUUGAUGUUCUCACCGCUGGUGCUGCGGUGUUCCUCGAGGCUGCUGGUUUUGUCUUUUGUGAGGCUUCUGUUAUUACUAAUCUGAAUGAGAAGGAGGAGACUUGUACCAAGGAGUAA